CAACGUCUCAGUCUCACCUCUACACUUUCACAUUAUACCGCAUCAGGAAAUAUUUCGCAAUAUUAUUGACCGUAUAGGUGGCGCUGAAGCGUGGUGUUGUCACCAGGGGACAGCGAACAUCAACGUGCCGCGCGGUAGUGUAGACAGAUCGCUAGGCGGUGUAGGAAAGUAGAGGCUGGGUGCUGCGGUAUACAGGCGGCGAUACAUCAGUCCCGGGGGAGCGCGCAAUGGAUCCGGCAGAUGAGCGACAGCCAGACGACAACUCGCCAGCGUCGACGCCCUCCCCCACCCCCACAAAUGUGGAGGCGUUAUUGGGACGCCGCCUCAGCCAGCUUCUGCUGGAAGACGACGAAGACGCCGCCAACUGCACUGACUGUCUAGGGACUGGCACAUGUCCCCUGCAUGAGUCCAACUGCCUCUCACGCCCUGGAGAUGGCGUACCGCUGCCCACCACAGAGUUCAGCUCGCUACACAUGGUCGAGGAGGCAGAAUUUGUUGUAGGCCCACUUGAGACUCCGAUGCCCUUUUGGUACACACAACCCUGCGCAACGUGUGGUUCGAGCUACUGUCAAGAUGGACUCCCUGUUUAUAACCAUCAGGAUAUUCUGAUGACAGAGUUCGGACCACUGGAGCCUGGGCAAGCUUCAGCUGUGGAGCAGCUUUCAGUGAACAACACUACACCUGAGCGGUCAGGCACAAGAGGUGGGCUGUUACCAUCUGCACGGAUGCCAGUACCAGCUCAGCAGCGAAUUCAGCAACAGGUACGUCAUGAUGCAGCUCCUGCACAUUUGAGUCAACCUGUGACAGAGAGUUACCAUCCUGAAGCUAGCAGAAGUAUGCUUGUCCAGCAAAAACCAGAAUUCUGCUAUACCCUGCCCUAUGCCCCGGUAGCUGGUAACAACACGGUGAGGCCUAUCCAGCAUCAUGCAUUAAAUGGUGCUUCAAGUUACCCAUUGCUUGGUCCCCAGUUAAUACCACCACUAACGCAGUUACAGACAUCCACCACAACAGGACUGCAGCAGCAGCAGCAGCAGCGACUAAUCACUACCAUCCAGAGUCAACAGCAUAUGGCUGUUCUGCAUCACCAUUACAAACAACAACAAAGUCAAAGGAUAGCUGCCAUGCUGGGUCAGCAGCAGCAGAUAGCUGCCAUUCUGGGUCAGCAGCAACAGCAACAGAGGGCUACCAUUCUGGAUCAGGUGCAGAUGCAGCUGCAACAGCAACAGAGGGCUGCCAUGUUGGACCAGGUGCAGAUGCAACAGCAGCAGAGGGCUUCCACGCAGGGCCAGGUGCAGCAGCAGCAGCAGCUGCUGCUGUUGCUGCUGCAACAGCAACAGAGGGCUGCAUUGGUGGGCCAGGUCCAGCAGCAGCAACAGAGGGCUGCAUUGCUGGGCCAGGUCCAGCAGCAGCAACAGAGGGCUGCAUUGCUGGGCCAGGUCCAGCAGCAGCAACAGAGGGCUGCAUUGCUGGGCCAGGUGCAGCAGCAGCAGCAGCAGCAGCAGCAGCAGCAACAGAGGGCUGCAUUGCUGGGCCAGGUGCAGCAGCAGCAGCAGCAGCAGCAGCAGAGGGCUACCAUGAUGGGUCAGCAGCACCGUCAGACGGCUGCCACGCUGCGUCAGCAGCAGCAGAUGGCUGUCAUGCUGGGUCAGCAACAGCGGCAGCAACAGCAUCAUCCUGAGGAGAGUGAGGCAGCAAAGACGACAGAAUCAGCUCCAAUAACAAAUGGUGGCUCUAUUAGUCCUGCUGCUGCACGGACACAACGAGGCUCUAACACGAGGCCACCAGCCAGUUCCCGCCGCCGCUGAGCCAGGCUGGAGAGCGCUGCGGAGGCUGUUUCCUGCGGCGGACAAGUGAUACCCACGUGCGGAGCGCGCUCUGCGGUCGUCGCUGUCACAGUUCGUCACAAAACGUGUUUAUGUAUAGACAGGGACUAUCGCUUUUAUCCUUACUGUUAUAUUUUUGUGUGCCUUAAGCAAAAGAGUGCCUGCGUGGCGGAAAUGGUGAUGGCUUUUAAUCUACCAGCCCCCGUCAGCUGCCAUAUGGACGACUCCGACAACUGUGAUUUGUCUAUUUUGGAGUGUCACUGAACUGUAAAAUAAGCCUCGCUGCAGUACAAUGUAUUAUAAGUUCCCAGAACGAAUGACAAAUAAGGUAUAAUGAUGUGGUAGUGCUUGUAAGUGCACGCUACUCACAUGACUCGUAGCUUUCUCUCGAAGCAGUGCUCCACAAUACAAACACAGCCACUCCUUGCCUGACAUAACUGCACAACCACUGUGCAGUGGGAUGACGUGGUCAGGGAUAUCAGCUGUCCAGUUUGGGACACACUAGCUGUCUUCAAAUACACAGUGAUUUGCCACUAUCUUCGUAUUCCUGUCUGUAUCAACGAGGUAAUUCCUCCCUUGUAACUGGAUUCCAUCUAAUAAAGGUAACUUUUUGAGCAAGAUUGGCUGAAAGACUUCAGUGAAAUGAAAGGUUUUUGCCUCUGCCAGGUAUGUCCGACGCAUAGGGCACGUAUGAAACCGCGAUUCAUAGUUUAAAUUGUAUUAUAAUUUCGUAGUAUAAGUGUACAACAAUAUGUUGUAACAGCCAGCCAGAAGUAAUACCCAAGUGUAACUUUUUGCAUUUCAACUCUGUUUCAAUCCAUAGAUAGGGUACACAGCGUAAUGGUACUAUAAAGUUUGUUAAAUAGACUUUCAGAUCGAUGUCUCUCAGUUCACUGAACUCUACAAUAUUCGUUCCUGGUACAGAUUUCAAAUUUUUGUCACACUUUACGAAACUGAGUUCUGACAAGUUGGACUUCUCUAUAGAGACUCCACAAACGGAAAACAGACGUAGUCAACAAUGACAUUCCAUUGUUACAUUACUGUCGUAACAAUCCACUUUUAUCUUUCACUACACAUUUUAAAUAAUAUAAAAUAUUUUUAAAAUAUUUUAAAAACUCUAAAUCGUAAAUAUUUUACAUCCUCACCAUUGCAGGUAGAAUUGGCAUCGAAUUUCACACAGACAUUAUAACACAAAUGAUAAGUUUGUACAAAUAAAAAUGUAAAUACUAACUGUACAUUUAGAAUAAACUAAUAUAAUAUUCUUACUUGUAAGAGCAUUUCACUAUCUGACAACCACUAAUACGGUGUUCCAAGAAUACACGACUAGUUACAGCGUAGUUGAGAAAUAUUCAUAGGAUGUAACGAUUUCACAUUUUUGUCUUUAUACUUUCCUGGACUUCCGCUGUAAAUAUAACUCAGUCUCCUGUAGCAGUCGUCGGUACGCAGAUAUGCCCAUGUUAUCAAAACAUGCAAGCCCUGUGGACUGUUUUGCACGCAGAUUAUCAGCCGGGGUAUACACAAGUAAUUUCUGAUAGUGCAGAGAAGUGGACUGACAUCGAUGCAGUUCAGAGGCGGGUUGCUGGAUUUGUUACCGGUAGGUCUGAACGACACUCACGUAUUACGGAAAUGCUUUGUGAACUCAAACAGAAAUCCCUGGAAGAAAGGAGACGUUCUUUUCGACGAACGCUAUUGAAAAAUGUAGAGAACUGGCAUUUGAAGUAGACUGCAGAAUGGUUUACUGCCGCCAACAUGUAUUUUGCCUAAGGGCUCAUAGGUUAUGGUAUGAAGACAGUCGUUUUCCCUUGCUCUAUUUGUCAGAGGUACGAGAAAGGAAAUGACAAGUAGCGGUCAGGGGAACCUCCGCCAUGCACCGUACUGUGGCUUGCGAUGUAUGUAUGUAAAUGUAGACUCAUUUCCCUGUUACCUGGGUGGUGUUCGUGUUUUACGUCGCGGUUGGAGCAGAUUUCCACCUUGGCUCCACCUUGGCUCCUCCGGAGACCAAACUUAUUUUAGAUUUGACUACUUUUAAGAAAGACAGCACACCAGAUUUUAGAUUCCAAUCUGUUUUUUAACCUUUUAGAUGUGCAUCACAGUUUCACCGUCGUUUACACUGAUGGUCCAAACAGGAGAAUUUCCUUGGCUGUUCUGUGGUGUUCCCCGAUCUUGUUACCCGGCUUCGCCUCCCUGAUGAAUAUACCGUUUUCGCUGCGGAGCUCCUCGCGAUCCUGGAGGCACUGGAGCAGAUGAAUCGUAUUAAGGGCAAUCGAUUUCUUCUCUGCUCCGAUUCUCUUAGUGCCUUACAAUCACGGAAGAAUCUGUACCAAACUGAGAUGGUCCAGCUGAUAUAUGACCAACUGUACUUGCUCCAACGGCGGGGUAAGGAGGUAUCCCUCUGCUGGGUGCCGGGUCAUGCAGGAAUAUGGGGCAAUGAACAGGCCGAUCGGGAUGCCAAGGAGGCCUGCAGAGAGCAGGAUGUGGUCCAGAGUCCUAUUCCCUUGCAGUCUGUCAUAUCUGCACUCCACAGGAAGUGCCUGGAGUUGUGGGAGGAAAAAUGGCUGGCAGUGACGGCCAAUAAACUGCGUUCCUCCUGCCGGUUGCUCAGGCAGGAAGAAGUGGCCCUCACACGUCUUCGGAUCGGGCACUGUCC